AGUAUGUCGCCUUAAGAGGUCCUUGUAUGGUUUAAAGCAAAGCCCUCGUGCAUGGUUUGACCGGUUCAGUACUGUCGUACAGAAAUUUGGCAUGAGCCAAAGCAAGUGCGAUCAUUCUGUAUUUUAUCAAAGAACAGCGGCUGGCAUGAUUCUCUUGGUGGUAUAUGUAGAUGACAUUGUGAUCACAGGCAGUAAUGGUUCGGGCAUCUCGUCCCUCAAGUCCUUUCUUAAUUCCCACUUUCAGACGAAGGAUCUGGGCUCUCUGACAUACUUUCUAGGUAUUGAAGUUAUGAGAAGCAAGAAGGGCAUAUUACUGACACAGCGCAAAUAUGUUCUUGACCUCCUGAAGGAAACUGGAAAUUUGGGAGCAGCACCGACUAAGUUUCCUAUGGUUCACAACCCACUCCUUGACGCUGAUGGGAGCAUACCACUCGAUGAUUCUCUUGAUGAUGAGAAACGGAUGCUUGAGGCUCAGAAGAGCAAACCAUUUGAGAAUCCUGAGAGGUACAGGAGAAUGAUUGGCAAGUUAAACUAUCUCACUGUAACUCGUCCGGAUAUUACUUAUCCAGUCAGUGUACUAAGCCAGUUCAUGGCAUCCCCGACUGUCAGACAGUGGGAAGCCUUGGAGCACGUGUUACAUUAUUUGAAGGGAUGUCCAGGUCGUGGGAUAUUAUACAAAAAUCAUGGUCAUACAGACAUUGAGUGCUUCUGUGAUGCGGAUCAUGGUGGAUCAAAGGCCACGAGACGGUCUACUACAGGAUACUGUGUCUUUGUGGGCGGGAAUCUGGUGUCCUGGAAAAGCAAGAAACAAAAUGUGGUGUCCAGAUUGAGUGCAGAGGCAGAAUACCGAGCUAUGGCACAGUCUGUAUGUGAGAUAAUCUGGAUAUAUCAGCUAUUAAAGGAAGUUGGCCUCAAAACCACUUUGCCAGCAAAGUUGUGGUGUGACAAUAAGGCUGCCCUACAUAUAGCCUCCAAUUCUGUGUUCCAUGAACGUACCAAACAUAUUGAGAUUGAUUGUCAUUUUAUCAGAGACAAGCUUAAGGAGAACUUCAUCUCCACUGGAUAUGUGCGUUCUAGUGAUCAAUUAGGCGACCUUCUAACUAAAGCUCUAAAUGGGACUCGUGUUGACUAUCUGUGUGACAAGUUGGGCAUGCUUAACAUUUAUGCUCCAACUUGAGGGGGAGUGUAGAGAUAUGAUAUGAUUUGAUAUGUAAAUAUUAUGUAAUUAUGA